AAAAACAGAUACUAUGUUACGCUAUGAGUUAGUUGUAUUGUUCCGCUUAAUAAUGUAACAAUAUCUAUACAUUACUCACUGAAUGUAUUGUUCGAAACUAGGAAUUAAAGACCAUCCGAUAAUAAACUCCGUUCAGCGCAAACAAUUGCUUUACAAUAAUAGGUAUUAUUUAUUGAAUCAAUUCUGUCAAGUUUAAUUGCAUUUUAAAUGGCUGAAAAUUAAUUUAUCAAUUACACGAAUCUUGUCAUCGAUAUAAUACAAUAUAAAGAAUUCUCAUAUAUAUUUAGAUUAUUUGGAUGCAUCUAUUGCUGGGAAGUGCACCCCGCUGUUUGUUCCAGAUUUAUUGAGCCAUUGAACUUGAUUAUGAAUGUGCAAUUCAAUGAGUCGUUAUCGAAUUCCACCAGAACAAUUGAUUACACUCAAGAAAUGUUGAAAACUGCUUCGCAAAUAUUUUGGGAUGUUGUAGUGAUCACCCUGUAUCUAAUGGUUGUGUUUUAUAUUUUUGUGAUGUUGACUAUUGAAAGAAAGGCAAAUGGACAACGAAGUAACAGAAACAACAGACCAACAACUGCCCAGAAGAUUGGAAAAUUAUUACGAAUAAAUCGUUACACUACAACCAUAAUCUUCAUAAUCCAAUCAUUUAUAUGUCUAGCCGAAAGACUUGUUUUUGAGCUUUACUUUCCGAAUCUUUGCUUUUUAGUCAAAUGGGCCAAGGUUUCGCUGAGUAACAUGAUAAUGAUGUGUUCCUACACGGCGUUGUGGCUCAGACAACGAUCUAUCUACGCAAAUCAAGCAUUGAAUCAUCUGACAAACAGGGUCACUCGGUUUAUCAGUGCAAUGAUAUUCUUUCUUAUUGUUCUUUCUGCAAUCGGGAACAUGGUAGCAUAUAUUGGAAAUUACCGAAUCGCUAUGACAGCAAGUGGAUGUUCAAUUGUUGGAGCAAGAUUGUCGGCAAAAUUAAGCUGGAUAGUAAUUGGCGCGACGACACUUUUCAUGCAGAUAUCGCUAUUGUGGCUUUUCUUGCAACCAAUUUGCAAACACCGAGGAAACGUAGGCGACACCGCGAGCAGUUACAAUCCUGUUUUUAAACGAGCCUUCGCCACGAGCUUUGUUUGUGUAUUGACAGAUACAAUUGCAUUAAGUUUAUCCGCUUCUUCUGUUAUCAAUGACGCAUUAACGAUCACGCGAUCAUUGCAGUUCAGUUUGUUUAUCAAUGUGCUUAUGGUUAUUGCUUCUUUCCCAGAUUGGAAAAAGACCAUGUUUCCAUACUGCUCAGCUUCCAACUCCGAGGCAAAGACUGAAACGGACAAUGCCUAAUCCUAGUAAAUCUACAUUGUUAGUUAUCACUCAUGAAAGGGUUAUUCGUAAAUGUGUUUUUCAAUAAACAAUAUGAAUCGUGAUGAAUGCUACACUCCGGAUCAAAGAAUAUAAUGCGAAACAUGUGAUUUUUAUUCUUAAAGUUUUCGAUCUUGUCAUUAACAAAAUUUUGAAAUCGAUGACAGAAAAAUAAAAUGUGCAUUUGAUGGUUUAAUGCAAUAUUUAAUGAAAUAUAUAUGUAUAAAAAUGUUUUGCCGUGGUGUGAAUAUAUUAAAAACUAUAAUUGUAUAUUUCGUAAUUGUAUUUAUCAUAAAUUACUUGUAAUUCAGCAAAAAUUUGACAUGCGUCAAAGGAACACAUUUAGUGCUUUUUCAUUUUUCGUCGCAGCUGAAUUUUGUUGAUGUCUCGUAUACCUUUUAUUCAGCUUUCAUUGGCGUAUUGAAUCUAAAAUGGUUAACAUACGCUACAAAGCACAUUUACGGUUAUUGCAGAAGAAGUAGUACAUUGGACCAGUUCAUGCAAAGUUUAGGUCUUGUAUAUUUGCGUGCUUCGUCGAUGUCGUAAUCACAGAAAGAUGUUGAGACAUCGACAAUCGAGGGUGCAAUUUUUUUUGCGAAUUUAAUGAGACUUCAAUUACUCGGUUGUUUCAGUGGCGUGAUUCCGGCCUUGUCUAAGAUGAGAUCAGCUAAGCGAAUGCUACUCAGGGGCAACUAUGGCAAAUUUAUUCAUCGUCUGUCAUAUUCUAAAAUUCUUACAACUUCUUAGACUUUUCAAAAGUUUUUAGAUAAGAAAUGUUCAUGUUGAAAAUUAACUUUUCGUCCAAUGUAUAUUUUGACGAUCGGUGUUGUUACGACCCAUUCAUCAUUAAGUGCUAAUGAGGCGCAUCUCAACUCGAAACUAUAGUUAAUGGUGUAUAGUAAUUUAAAAGUAAUAAAUAGGCAAAAAAGGCCUUCGGUGCUACAGUAUGUAGAGCAUUGUGGGGAAUUCCCGAAGCAUGGUAAACGGGUCGGAAGUGCUUAAAAAUAUCAAUCCCUCUGGUAUUCUCAAUCACACAAUUUGACGUUUAAUUUGUUAUCGAAUGCGGGGAAAUUACCUUAACAAAUUGGACCUUGCUACUCGAAAUACAUCACUCAAUCUGACCAAACAAAACUACAAAAAUGCAAAUUUAUACUCUUGUGACAAAUUCUCUAGUCUAAAAAGGACCUAAAAUUUGUUUGUAUAUGCCAAUUUUAUGUGCGAUGGUGGUGGCAUCCUCAAACCCCGAAAGAUAAAAAAUCAUACGGAGGACAGCAAAAGCUCUACCAACAUAGCCAGUUGGUUGAUUAAUUUCUUGCAUGCACAAAAGAUUUUCAAGAAACUAUUCAAGUUGAAAUAGUUUUUGGUGAGCGUUACCAUAGAAAAUAGUUCGCAUCAAAUCAAAUUUAUUGAAAUACAUUAAAAUAAAUUAAGCCAGCGUUGUAUGUUUGCUUAAUAUCAUCCAUCAACUUAUCAAUAAUAAACGCAUUGUAAUUGUCGUUCUAAUAAUAUGGUGUUUUAUUAUCAGUUUUCACAUCGAGGUAUAUCUCCGCAGACAGUCGCGUGCGCAUGUUCGGAGAUAAGAGUGCUAAUGCGACCAAGGCCUGGUAACGCCCACACGUGCUGGAUGUUUUGCUAUCCUUCUAUAAUGUCGGAGAAAUGAAUUAUUGUCAUAUUUUAUAUUUAUGGAAUAAUUUAUAAACCGCUAAUUUAAUUUAACCGAAAUAUAAAAAUAAAUAUAUACUUGUUAAAUGAUUGAUUUUUCGAGGAACGUGUUCCAUGCAACCGUUCCACCAAACCAUAUUUUUGUUACUUCUGCAUUAACAUUUGUAUUAUUUUUCACUUUUAUCUACAACGA